CUCGGUCCACAACAUCCCUCAUUUGGCCUAGUAAAUUUGAAAAAAUUACACAAAGAUUUAGAACAUUUCUAGGGGAAUAUUUUCCAUCUAUAUCAGAGUCCAAAUCAAAAUAUGCACUAGUUUCCUUUCACCGGAUGUUUGCAAAUGAACACUAAUUGCCCAAACCCUACCCGGUUCACAAUUUUCCGGGAAAACCUUGAAGUUUUACUAAAUUCAGUCGUAAAAUUCACCAAGAGCGCAUUCAUUACGGCUCAAUUUUAUUACAGAAAAUAAAGAUAUAGCAUCAAUUGAAUAAAUUACAUUCAAAAUAUUAAGCCGUAAACAAUGCGCUCAUAUCGGGAAAAAAUAAAUACAACAUUCGCGGCAACAUCAAAGAUGUCGUCUGGAAGCUGCUAGCUGUCAAGAUCAAAAGAAUAGCGUUAUGUAACGAAUACACGAAAGAAAGCAAACCUUUUUACUGGAUUCAUAAAAGUUGAAGGUGAGGGUUUUUUUUAUUAUUCUAUCGAUCAUUUGUUCUAUAAUUGAAAUUUUUAUAUAAUAUAUUCUGUAAAUAAUUAAACAAACUUGAGAAGAGAAAAGUCACGUCACCCUGUUGACAUUUUGAGCACUCGGGGAGUCAUGUCGGUUUUUUUCUUGGCUUAUUUACUUUUUUUGUUAAUAUCAGUCAUAGAGUGUAUACAUGUAUAUAGUAGGCAUGUAUAAUUUUAUAACAGACAGUUUAUUUUCUGUGCUUCGUACAAGUUCAUAACGUCCUUCUACUCUCAUACCCAUGUACAUAUACACCAACACGCUCGGACUUAGCAGAGUAGCAUUACCUAUAUAACGUUUUACUCUUUAUUUCCUUAUCCAUUUUCAAUUCGUCAGUUUAAAUUACUAAUCAAACAUUCUAUAAACAUGGACAAAUGCCACUUAAAGUAAAAAAAAUGUAUAUGAACUUUUCAUAAUGAAAAGAAAAAAAGUUUCUUUCACUUUUUGUUCUUGUAAAUGACAAUAAAACUCAUACAAAAGGAAGAGAGAAAAACUUCGUAUGACUACUUCAGAUAAAGAACACAUAGAGAUAAAUGUUGUUUAUUAAUUUGAAUCAUACCUUGUUUUCUAUGUGAUAUAUACGUUUGUUGUUUAUUUUAUUUUUUUUUAUUUCAAUAAAGGGCAAUAACUCGAAUUGGCCUACAGGUGCGGAUCCAAAAUUUUAACUAUAUUAAAAAAAACCCAAUGAAAAUGAAUUUCGUUAUACUACACUGUACAAUUACCUUUAUUCAAUAUUGUGGAAAUGAACUUGACAACAGGGAAUGUUUAUCAAUUUAAAAAAGAAAAUGAACAGCAUAUCAAAAUAUCAGCAUAUUGUAACACCCCCCCCCCAUUUUUUUUAUGUGUUAUUGUUAAGCUACAUAAAAUUUGCAAAUUUAUAAAUGAUUUGCAGCAUAUUCUUGUAUACAUUUUAUAGUCUGUCUCAUGUUACAGUUUCCAGCCAUUUUUUAUGAAUUUUAAAGAUAAUACCGGUACAAAUACCUGACAAAUUGAAACAAGGGGAAAAUUAUAAUUUUGUCAUUCACAAUUUGAUUCUUCACAAUUUUUACCUGGAAAAAUUAACAUGAAAGAAAACAAAUUAAUAAUGGAAAAUGUUUAAAUCUUUCUCCAUUCCAAAGUAUUUGGGACACCUUGCAAACUUUUUCAACUUACUGAUCUGGGUACUCAUUUUGUUUGCAAUUAUGCAAAAUCCCCGUAGACUUUCUUAUUUUGGUUGUUUAUUAAAACUCUAAACAGAAGAAGGGCAUAUAAGAACAGAAAAUCUGGACCCUUUUCAUUUCAGUAAAUGGACCGAUCCCGCGAUUGGUAAUUCGAUAAAAAAGGUAUUACAAUUGAUUGAUAAUCAAAAUAUUAAGAAAAAAAUGGUGGAAGCAGAAACUUUAGACAGAGUAUAAUACAUAACUGUGUGUUUUUAUAUUUUCCCUUAACAUUGUAUUUUAUUAAAAUAAAUAUUUCAGAAAUGCCAGGUUCUGGUCAGAAACACUACGGCUGUUUCAACUGUCCUAAAAGAGUAAGACAGAAGGAUAGGCACAUUAUAUCGUCUAGAAAUAGAGCUUUCAUUGCCAAAUUAACAGGAAGGACUCCAUCAAACAGUGACUUUCUCUGUAACAAAUGCAGAUGUAUGUGCCAGCAUCACAUCAAAAGGAAAACCAGUAUGCCCAGCAGGGUACAGCAGGUUCCAGCACAAUCCACUGAAGCUCCUCCAUUCAGUCCUCCAUCCAUUCCUCUCCCAUUUCCCAGCACAUCUAGAGGACAUGCUUCAUGCUGCAUGUGCAAGCGCCAAGGUCCAAAGCUGGUUGUGGUUCCAGUAGGUGUAAGACAUCACAUCUUCAUUACUAAAGAGGUCAUCAUCCCUGCUGGAGCUCGCUGCUGUCCAAACCACCUACAACAGAACAUAGACGAUCUCAAUCCUUUAUCUGAUUCUACUUUGUUUAAUAAGACAGGAAUCACAGAACUAGUUAAGUUUUUGCGGAAUGAGGUUUUAAAGAAGGAGAGGACGAGAUUAGACUUUGAUAGCCGCGGGAAUCUUGCUUCAACAGAUUACCAAAGUCUGCUUGGAAUUCCAAAAACAGCCUUUGAGGACUUACUGAAAUAUGUUGAGGGGAAAGUGAAGGUCACUCCAGUAAGAACAGUGCGGACAACCUUGGCCAUAUUUUUAAUGAAAUUAAGAGGAGGGGAGUCAAAUCGAAUUCUGUCCACUCUAUUCAACAUAUCCAAAUCCAGUGUACAUAGAGGUGUGAAAUCAAUACGGACAGUACUGAUGAAUGGUGGAUUUGUAGCCGAAAAUCUAGGAUUUGGACAUGUUACCAGGAAACAGAUAAUUCAGGAGCACACAAGACCUCUGGCCCAGAUGAUUCUUGGUGAUACAGUUUCCCAGCCAGCAAUACUUGUCCUUGAUGGUACUUAUAUAUAUAUACACAAAAGUGGCAAUUUCAAGUUUCAACGACAGUCAUUCAGUCUUCACAAAGGACGGCCACUGGUGAAGCCAAUGAUUAUUGUAUCCACAACAGGUUACUUUGUGUCAGUACUGGGUCCUUAUAUUGCUAGAAACAAUGAUGCUACAAUCCUUAACCACAUAAUGCACAGCAACCUUGAGGACAUUCGGAGCUGGGUACAGGAGGAGGACAUAUUUGUGGUUGAUCGUGGGUUUAGGGAUUCCUUGGAUUGUCUGGAGCAGAUGGGGAUUAAUGCCAAAAUGCCAUCAUUCCUUAACAAAGGAGAUAAGCAGAUGUCGACAGAAAAUGCAAACACCAGUCGAUUAGUGACAAAGAUACGUUGGGUUGUUGAGUCUGCCAACGCUAGGAUCAAGCAAUGGCGUUACCUAAGACACAUCCUACCUUCCAGUCAAAUUCCCUACAUUGGUGACUUUGUCAGGAUUGUGUGUGCCAUUUGCAAUAGACAAGUUAUUACCAAAUAUUAUAAAAAUAUAUAA